UCGCGGAGAAGUCUUAGUGAUAGAGCCGUUAAUAUUGCCCGAGAAUUCAAAGGGAGCAGAAAUGUUGAAUUUUAAUAAUACUUUACCACUGAUUUGUUGGCAGUUUGUUAUGGUUCAAAUCGCAGAGAACACCCGAGUUGUAGACCCUGUGCUCUCAUUUGCCCGACAAAACACUAUUUAUUUCUUUCAAGCAAGCUUUAAGAACUCAUCGCAAAUACUGUUCACACCAUUAAUGCAAAUAAGUGUUGGAUAUGUCAUACAAUCGAUCAUUUGGUUGAAUUCGCGGACAAUUGUGACGAUCGAUGAAACGGAGAAAAUGCAUGUUUUGGACGUUAAGUCCGAAGAGGAGUUA